AUGGCGCGCGGUCAACAGAAGAUCCAAUCCCAGCAAAAGGCUGCCAAGAAGAACGAACAAGCCAAGAAGCAAGCCAACCACGAUGGCAAGGCGGCCGCCCAACAGGCCCUCCAUCACAAGUGCACCGUUUGCCUGGCGCAGAUGCCCGACCCGAAAACGUACAAGCAGCACUUCGAGAACAAGCACCCCAAGUCGCCUCUCCCCGAAGAAUUGGUUGCUGCC